CACAAUCAAUAGCUGCCGCAUUUCUAUCACAAUUUGAUAGUAUUUUCUUGUAUUUCCUUCGUGAAGAAUUGACUUGCGAGAAACGCACACUACCGACUUUCACCUACUACAAUGGCGUCCAUGCUCCCUCAAUCAGAAGGCUAUCUGCCUCUGUAUAUUCUCUUUGUGGGGGUGACUGCCCUUGGGAAUGCCGUGCAAUGCUACAACACCAUAUCCUACACUCAGCGCCUCUACUCUGGCCACCCCGAACCGGGCAAGGCCAAAAGACCUGCUCAUGAGACGUCUACUGCGACGCCCUUGUCCUCGAGAACUUUCGGAACUUGGACCUUCGCUGUAGGCCUCGUGAGGAUCUUCGCUGCAUACCACAUCAACGAGGCGUCCUGGUUUCAGAUGCAGAUGUUAACCAAUCUUGUCGGUCUGGUCCAUUUCAGCAUGGAGGCAUUUGUGUACAAAACAAGUCGACCUUGGGGUCCUUGGUUGGCCCCUGUCAGUGUCUCGCUGUUUGGCUUGGUAUGGAGUGUCGCUCAGUAUGACUUCUAUGUCAAAUAAGAACUGUACACACAACGGAAGAAUAUGGACGAAGAAUAAUAUAUC